CUCGUGUGACUGGUUGCUUCUAAAUUUGGCUUGGCAGGGGCAGGCGGCUACAGUCGGUGAGGUGGUCGCUCCGCCGGUGCUGUGUGAGGGUGAGAAGAGGGAGGCUGUAGGAAAUUAACCGAUAAAUGCGUGACGACGGGACGCCGUGGAGAAGCUCACUCGCGGACAAGCAGGGUCAUGAUGUGCCAGAAGUCGAUGCUUUGUAGGGAAAAUAAGAGAAAAUAGUGGAUUCGUUGUUAGUUCAGAGGGAAAAUAUCAAGCUUCGUGCGCAUAGAAUAACGUGCUGGAGAUCUUGGAGAAGACUGAGGCAACUCCUGCUUUGAUGAUCACACUGAAUGGACUUUUAAAAUACUAUCUAAAAGAAUGACGGCCAAGCAAAGGUCCGGGGAUGUUUCCUCUCUUCACGGAACCUGCACAUAGCCUGCAAACCAGCCACUGACUAACCUUUUACGCACGGAGAAAGAUCCGUGCUCAACACAUUUUGUUUUCGUAUUUAUGUGGAUGAACUUUGCAAUACAUUUUAAUGAUUCGAGAUCUGAGCAAGAUGUACCCCCCGGCACGGCACCCGGUCCCCCACCAGCCGGGACAGCCGUUAAAGUUCACUGUCACCGAGUCCUGCGACCGGAUCAAGGAGGAGUUUCACUUCCUCCAAGCCCAGUAUCACAGUCUGAAAUUGGAGUGUGAGAAACUGGCCAGUGAGAAAACUGAGAUGCAGAGACACUAUGUCAUGUACUACGAAAUGUCAUACGGGCUCAACAUCGAGAUGCACAAGCAGGCGGAAAUCGUCAAAAGGCUGAACGCAAUCUGUGCCCAAGUCAUCCCCUUCCUCUCUCAGGAGCAUCAGCAGCAGGUGGUGCAGGCGGUGGAGAGAGCCAAGCAGGUCACCAUGGCUGAACUCAACGCCAUCAUAGGACAGCAGCAGCUCCAGGCUCAGCACCUCUCCCACGGCCACGCCAUCCCCAUCCCACUCACGCCACACCCAGCGGGCCUCCAGCCCCCCCUGCCCCCUGGGGCCGGUACUGCCAGCCUGCUGGCUCUAUCGUCCGCUCUGAGCCACCAGCUGCCGCUCAAAGACGAAAGGAAACACCACGACAACAACAGUGAACACCCGAGAGACAGAGACUCAGUCAAGAGCUCAUCUGUGUCUCCUUCAGCCAGUUUUCGGACUGGAGAGAAGCACAGGAGUUCCAACGAUUACUCUUCCGACAGCAAGAAACAGAAGACAGAUGAUAAGGAGCUGGCCUCUACACGCUAUGAAAGUGAUGGAGAGAAAAGCGAUGACAACUUGGUAGUGGAUGUCUCCAAUGAGGAUCCAGUGUCUCCUAGACCAAGUCCUGCCCACUCACCACGGGAGAACGGGUUGGACAAGCGUCGCCUGUUGAAGAAGGAUGCUCCGCUGAGUCCUUCUUCCAUCGCCUCCUCCAGCAGCACACCAUCAUCCAAAUCCAAAGAGAAUAAUUUGAAUGAGAAGUCCACAACACCUGUGUCAAAGUCCAGCACCCCCACAUCCCGCUCCGACGCCCCAACACCCAGCAGCACCACCACCCCGGGCCUGAGGGCCGCACCCAGUAAACCGCCAGGAGUCGAGACGCUGGCUCCUGGUCUCCGUACGCCGUUAGCCGUGCCCUGCUCGUACCCGUUUGGAAUGGUUCCCCACCCGGGCAUUAACGGAGAUCUGAGUGGAGCAGGAGCAGCCUACACCGGCCUGCAUAACAUUUCUCCACAGAUGAGUGCGGUGGCUGCUGCUGCAGUGGCAGCUUACGGACGCACGCAAGUGGUGGGAUUUGAUCCUCACCACCACAUACGUGUCCCUGGCCUUCCUCCCAACCUGUCAGGAAUUCCUGGUGGAAAACCAGCCUACUCCUUUCAUGUGAGCGCUGAUGGACAAAUGCAGCCUGUGCCUUUUCCUCCGGAUUCACUGAUCGGCCCUGGCAUUCCGCGUCACGCACGACAGAUCAAUACUCUCAGCCACGGGGAGGUUGUGUGUGCCGUCACCAUCAGUAACCCGACGCGUCAUGUCUACACCGGCGGCAAGGGCUGCGUCAAGGUGUGGGACAUCAGUCACCCGGGCAACAAGACCCCUGUAUCCCAGCUGGACUGCCUUAACAGAGAUAACUACAUCCGUUCCUGUCGGCUACUUCCGGAUGGGCGGACACUUAUUGUCGGGGGCGAGGCGAGUACUUUGUCAAUCUGGGAUUUGGCUACACCAACUCCCCGAAUCAAAGCUGAACUAACUUCGUCAGCGCCUGCGUGUUAUGCCCUUGCCAUCAGCCCCGACUCAAAGGUCUGCUUUUCCUGCUGCUCUGAUGGAAACAUAGCCGUCUGGGAUCUUCACAACCAGACUCUGGUUAGGCAGUUUCAGGGCCACACCGACGGAGCCAGCUGUAUAGAUAUCUCUAAUGACGGGACCAAGCUGUGGACUGGAGGCCUGGAUAACACCGUGCGGUCCUGGGACCUGAGAGAGGGACGGCAGCUGCAGCAGCACGACUUCACCUCCCAGAUCUUCUCACUGGGAUACUGUCCAACGGGCGAGUGGCUGGCAGUGGGGAUGGAGAACAAUAAUGUGGAGGUCCUACAUGUCACCAAACCUGACAAGUACCAGCUCCACCUGCAUGAAAGCUGUGUGCUCUCACUCAGAUUUGCUCAUUGUGGGAAGUGGUUUGUGAGCACAGGAAAAGACAAUCUGCUCAACGCGUGGAGAACCCCAUAUGGAGCCAGCAUAUUUCAGUCAAAGGAGUCGUCCUCAGUGCUGAGCUGCGACAUCUCCAUAGAUGAUAAGUACAUUGUGACGGGCUCAGGAGACAAGAAAGCGACUGUCUACGAGGUCAACUACUAGGGAGGCUGUGGUGAUUACAACAUCAAUGCCAUCCUUCCAUCCAUACACUCACCCAUGUACAAUUUUUAAUGUGUAUAAAAUUGAUUUGAAUGGAACUGACCAAACAGACUUUCUUGAACAGUGACCUUUUUACCUUUUAGCUGGUUGUGGAUUAAAACAAACAAGCAGAACCAAGCA